CCGCGGCCAGCUUCGAGAGAUGCGGUGUACGCGCGAAGGUUCGCGGUAGUGAACGGGAAAGAAAGAGAGAGAGAGGGGGAGAGCGAAACUCAAACUCGUCUUUCUCUCUCAGUAUCUCGUGUAUUGACGGCGGAGUUGACCCGAUCGCCACGGUAACGGGCGCACCGAGGCGGAGCGUGUCGAGGCGGUGUCACUCCAGAUCGGCACAGUGCGUGGGCGCGAUAAUUUGUGUCUCCCCCGUGUUCUCACUCUCUUUCUCUCUCCCUACCACCCAUCCACCCUCCCUCCCCCUAACCCUUUCUCCUACCUUCUCAUUUUCUUUCUCUCUCACUCUCAUCUCUCCUCUCCCAACAUAGUCAAGACGUACCGUUAAUUACGCGACUCUCCUACUACCCCUACCCAUUGAUGUCCCCGCCGUCGCGUAACUCGUGCAUGCCUUUCGCUACGUGCAUCGUGCAUUGCGCGCGUCCAAGGACGCGCGUCCUCAUCCCCGGGCGGCAGCAGCAACCUUGGCGGAGACACGCCGCACAUCCCGGCCGCAGGACCAUCACUCUGGAAGGUUAGGUUAGAUUCGCGCAAAUGAAGGAUGUUAGGUGAGGAAGUUCGCGAGACCGGCUGAAUUGCGGACUCGCCAAGAUGAUGGGUAGCAUGCCGAGCGGGCGGAUGAGGAGGAUCCUCCUCUUCCUCGUCCUGAUGACCGGAGUCCUGUUGAUUGCCAUGUACGCGCACGCUCCUCCGCUCGCAUCGCUCCAACCGAUCGCAUCACGUCGGACAUUUCAAAGUCCAUGGUCCUGGGCGUGCGUGGCGAAUCGAUGCGAGAAGCGAGCAGUGAGAUCCUCAAGAACAUCUCUGGCCACCUGCACUGCGCAUUGCGGAGGUAACACUCGCCUAUUGUGGCCUAGACCAACUAAAAACGUCGUAUUGGGCGACGAAAGUGUCAUCCUGCAUCUUCAACAAAUCGAGUUCGUCUUUGAUACGAACGAUAAAGAGACGAAGGAUCUGUUGGAACACGCGCAGGAUGUCUUCAUCGGGAACAUUAGAAGUCUGGUGAAGGUGCUUAACGCUAAAAGCCGAUCCGGUGUCGACUCUUUCAUCAUAUACCUGAGCGCUGAGGACGCGAGAGGCGCUACUUUGACUCUGGAUACCGACGAGUCCUACAAAUUGGAACUCAUGCCCAAGGGAAAGAUCCUCAUGGCCAAGAUCUGGGGAAAAAGCUACUUUGGCUUGCGUCACGGACUCGAAACUCUCAGUCAGCUGAUCUGGUGGGACGAGGCCGCCGCCAAGCAAGGUGCUCUUCGUGUUCUUACACGAGCCUCUAUCGAGGAUAAACCCGCGUUUCCUUAUCGUGGUCUUCUCGUCGACACCGGUAGACAGUUCUUUCCGGUCGAAGAACUGAAGAGAGUGAUCGACGGCAUGGCGGCUACAAAACUCAAUACCUUACAUUGGCACCUCACCGACUCGCAGAGCUUUCCGUUUGAUUCGGCACAAUACCCGGAAAUGGCAAGGUGGGGUGCUUACAGCGAGGACAGAAUUUACACGCCCGACGACGUGAAGGACCUCACGGAUUAUGCGAGGAUACGCGGCGUACGAAUCAUCGUUGAGAUUGAUUCUCCGGCCCACGCCGGUGCCGGAUGGCAAUGGGGUAUGGAGCAUGGUUUUGGCGAGCUGGCGUUAUGUGUGGACCAGCAGCCGUGGGCAUCAUACUGUGGUGAGCCAAACUGCGGCCAAUUGAAUCCCAUAAAUGAACACUCGUAUCGAAUACUCGAGGGUCUCUAUCGAGAGUUGUUAGACUUGACUGAAGUGCGCGACGUAGUGCACCUCGGUGGCGAUGAAGUAAAUCUUGAUUGCUGGGCGCAGUAUGGCAAUAUCACCUUAGCCAUGCAAGCACAGAACAUGACAGACUAUCACGAACUGUGGGCCGAGUUUGAGAAGAAAAUGUUGCAACGUGUUAUUAAAGCAAAUCAUGAUCGAGUGCCGAAAGUGGUGAUUCUGUGGAGCUCACCGUUGACGAAACGGCCGUACAUCACCACAUACUUCGACCCGAAGAUCCAUGUGAUUCAAUCGUGGGGUGCCAGCAAUUGGCCUGAAACGUCAGACCUGUUGGAGGACGGGUUUCGCGUGAUACUGUCACAUGUGGAUGCGUGGUAUUUAGACUGCGGCUUUGGCAGGUGGCGAGAGAGUGGCGAGGCCGCGUGCGGUGAAUAUCGCACUUGGCAGACCGUUUAUAAUCACCGUCCGUGGAGGGAGUACCCCCAGGAACAAGUGUCCUUGGUUCUCGGCGGCGAAGCGGCUAUCUGGAACGAACAAACUGGACAGUCGUCUUUGGGACCUCGACUAUGGCCUAGAGCAUCAGCGUUCGCCGAACGACUGUGGAGCGACCUACCGAUGACGAGUUACUCCACGGACGAGAACGUUUACACCAGACUAGCUGCGCACAUCGAAGUUCUAACUAGCAGAGGCAUCAAGACAGAAUCCAUGUGGCCACACUGGUGUUCCCAGAACCCCGGAAAGUGUCUCUGACCGAGCGUUAGAAAUGCGCGAACUAUCGACCAACUGUUCUACGAGUAUUGUACUUAUACAUUGUAUUGUACAGCGCCGAUAAUCGUGUAAAGACUAGACUAAUGCUGUCAAUGUAAGCCGAGAGUGGUUUCUAUACCAGGAACCUAAUAUCGUGAAUAAUGUCCAUCUGCUAUUGAUUUUUGUAACAGCUAAUUUUGUGUCAACUUAUUUUAUCUUUUAUUUUUUGCAAUAUAUACAUAUCGCAGAUACUCAAGUAGCCGAGAGAUAUUCGAAAGACUCAGGUAACCGGGUACUCGAACAUUGAUAGCAUUGGACUGGACAUCACGAGGAGCGGUAGAGUUUAUCGCGAGCUCGCUCCUCGCUUUCGGUUUAUUAACACAUUGCGAUCCGCGGCCUGUACUAAGUCAUCACGUAUAAUUGUACGAAUAAGUCGUACCUAUAAUACGUGCCAUGCUUCUCUCGACGCAUAUAAUUGUCAAUAAGAAAAUAAUUGUUAAAGUUAUUAAGGUAUACAUCAGAUUAUAUAAUAUUAUAAUAUGUUAUAAAUAAUACUAUAAUAUUAUAAAUACUUGUAAUAUGAUAAUACAAGUAUAUCUCUCAGUUACAAUAGAUCCAAUGUUUAUAUUUUAACAAAUUCAUUGUAACGAUAUCAAUCGUAAAGAUGGAUUGAUUGCGUCGAGUCUGAGUUAUCAGCGGAUUGUAUCGUACUGUAUAACCGUAUCGAUAAGCCUGAUGGCUAAAUGCUGUCGAUGGACCGCAAUGUGUUAAUAUCUUGUAACAGAGACAUUUAACCGUAGAUAUUUAUACAGCUUAUAGCUAUUAAAGCGAUAGAAACGACAAGAUGAUAUUGUUUCAUGAUAUAUCUGGCACGCACCGACGAAUUUUGAUCUAUCAAUGUGCACGGUGUAACGUAUAAGCGUUUACACUAUAUCAUCUUUUUUUACUAUAUCAUCGUACUUAAAUGUCUCUGUUGUAGGAUAUUAAUGAUUUAAGCUAUACUGUUAAGAUACAUAACGUAUAUUUUUCGGUGAGCGGCUUCGGUUUUGCAUGUCUGCAGAUAUUAGUAAUAUAGCAGUAAAUAUCCGAUCAUUGUGAGAAAAAAAUUAUUUGGAUGUUCGAGUUACCGUGAUUAGUGUAUAUAGUAUCUUGGGAAAACAAAAGGCAAAAUCAACUGAUGCAAAAUCAGUCGCUACGAAAAUUAAUUACAGAUAAAACACAGUCGUUAUACGCGAAUUUAUUAUCCGCAAUUUUUUAUUCCGGAUAUCUGACUACAGACACGCGAAAUAAUUAGUUUCGGCGACAGUCGUGGCAAUCGUAUUGACGAUCAAUGAAUACUGGAAUUGAUCUAAUAUUUAAAAAAAAAUAUAUUGAAGAAAAUAAAUUAUAAAAGUAAUAUAUAUAUAUAAAAUAAUAUAAAAAAUAUAUAAAUAUGAUAAAAUAUAUGUAAAUAAGAUGCGACUUUCGACGAUCAUACACGAAAGCCGAACCGAUUGCAGAAAGAUAUAUGUUAUGACGUGUCUCUGUUAUGACGUGCUGCUACACGGAUUUAACAUAAAGUGAAUGUUGAAUACAUGAUGUUGUUCGCUUAACUUUCCCACAAAAGCCGUCUUCGUUUCUUCACCCAUUCAAGCAAAAUGCAUUUUAAAAAUAUACAAACAAUAUGAAUGCUUUA